AUGGCGACCGCUCGACCCCUCCUCCGCCUCUCCUCCCCCCUCCGAACUCUUCCUAUCCAGCAGGCGCCCAUAACCAUCGCUCAACAACAACUGCGACGGCACUUCUUCAGCCUCCCCAACCUCUCCUCCUCGGCCGAAACCCAGACCCUCACGGCCUCCCGGACGAUGCCCUAUCCCUCCGCCCAGCUCUACGACGUUAUCUCCGACGUCGACGCCUACGACACAUUUGUUCCCUAUUGCGCCCAGUCCCGCGUCACGCAAUGGACGUCCCCGGACGCCUCCGGCCGCCGCUGGCCCGCCCAGGCCGACCUGCGCGUUGGCUGGGGAGGCUUUGAGGAGACUUUUACCAGCAGGCUGCACUGCGUGCCCGGGAAGAGCGUGGAGGCCGUCAGCGGCGCCGACGUCGAGGGCUCGAGCCCGGGCAACGGCGGGGAAGGGGGCGCCGUGUUCAGGAGCCUAGUGACCAAGUGGCAGCUGCGGCCGCUGCCGUCCGGGACGGGCACCGAGGUGGAUCUAGUUAUCCGAUUCCAGUUCGCAAACCCUUUGUACUCCGCCGUCAGCGCCGCCGUGUCUGAUAAGGUAGCCGGUGUCAUGAUUCAGGCGUUCGAGAAGAGGGUGAAGGCCCUCCUGGGCGUCUCCAGGCUAUAA